AUGCCGGUGUUGUGUUGCCGUUAUGACGGUGUGGUGUUGGUGUCGUGUUGGCGUCAUGUCGAGCGUCUCAGUCCUCCUCUGGACAUUCAGCUGGACUCUCUGAACUGCACGGCGUUCAGUGUGAGGUGGAAGAUGCCCCGCAGACACGUCAGCACCAUCACUGGAUACAAGGUUUUCUACACAGAGAUAAGGGGCGGGCGGUCCGUGGGCUCCGCCUCUGUCAUGGAGGUGCCUCUGAGCUUGGACAUGCUGACGACUGGCCAGUUUGAUGGACAGGCCAGUUUUGACGUGGUGGUCGCAAACCUGAAGGUCAACACCAAGUACGGGGUCAGUGUGGGGGCGUACGGCUGGGCGGGCGAGGGGCGGCCCAGUGUGCCCAGAGAUGUUAGCACCGCCUCACAUGACAUGUGCAUGCCCCCCACGCCCCCAACCACGCCCGUAGUGAUGGCCGUCUCUGACACGGAACUGGCGUUGUCGUGGCAACAAGGGGAGAGCGAGGGAAGCGCCCCGAUACUUCACUUCCUGGUUGCGUACAUCAGACCGGAGAUGGACACAGAGUGGACGUACAUCCGUGAGCCGAUCCAGACCCGCUCCAUGGUGCUGAAGGGGCUUCUGCCGGACACUCAGUACCAGUUUGUGGUGAGGGCGGUGAACGUGCACGGCAUGAGUCCUCCGAGCCACAUCAACAGCCCCGUGCGGACACUCGGUGUGUCGGACGUGGGCAGUGCGGACUACGGUCUGUACAACACAGACUUGGGUCCAGACGGAGACGGGUUUGACGUGGACGACUCCGAUUAUGACGUUUUCAUCGAGGAGGUGCUUGAAUCCGUUCCCGGGAUUCCUCAGGACAACCGGAAGUCCCAGCUGCGUCCCGCUCCGAGCCCUCCUCCAGGACAAAACGUGGUGUACCGCAUGAACCCCGCCCUCCCUCCAAACGCCACCGCUCCUCCCGUCUCCUCUGCGUCCACUGUCCCUGACUUCACAGACCUGCUGUUUCCCACCACCACAACUACAACUACAAGUACAAGUACAAGUACAAGUACUGCUCCAACUACGACUACCACGCCGCCCCCCACCACGGCCCCGCCCACUCUGUCGCCAUGGCGAGGAGACGUGCCCCGAGUGUACGACCUGAGCUGUGACGAAACGGUCUGCCCCCCCGACAGCUUCUGCCUCAGCGACGACGAGAGAGGAGGGGCCCGCUGCCACUGCAACCUGGGCCGAGAGGGGGACUACUGCAGCGAGGCCGUGUCCAUCAACUUCCCCCGUUUCUAUGGAUACUCCCACAUGACCUUUGAACCCCUGAAGAACUCGUACCAGACGUUUCAGAUCACGCUGGAGUUUAAGGCGGAGGCGGAGGACGGGCUGCUGCUGUUCUGUGGAGAGAACGAACACGGACGAGGAGACUUCAUCUCUCUGGCCCUGGUCCGAGGGAAAGUGCACUACAGGUUUAACUGUGGCACCGGAGCCGCCCAGAUCGUCGCCGAGAGCCGCGUCGUGAUUGGUCGGUGGCACAGCGCGACUCUGUUUCGGGAUGGCAUGAGCGGCUGGCUGCGAUUGGACAACGAUAACCCCAUCUCCGGGCGCUCGCAGGGCCAGUACACAAAGAUCACGUUCCGCUCCCCGCUGUACGUCGGCGGCUCGCCCAGCGUCUACUGGCUCGUCAAGGCCACAGGGGCCAACCGAGGCUUUGUGGGCUGCAUCCAAAGUCUCACCAUCAACAACAAAGUGACCGACCUCCGACCCUGGCCCCAAGGAAGAGCUCUGAGCGGAGCGGACAUCGGUGAGUGUAACGACAGCGUGUGUGACCUGGUGACCUGCGCUAACGGAGGAGUGUGCUACGCUAACCGCGCCGACGGCUACAUCUGCCUGUGUCCGCUGGGCUUCAGAGGAGCGCUGUGUGAAGAGAGUUUCGUGCUGUCCUCUCCGCUCUUCAAUGAAACCGUCUUCUCCUUCGCCUCGGUCCCGUGGCCUCAGACGGCUCAGAGUUUUUUGUCGUUUAUGCAGUUUGAGCUGACGUUUCGCCCCUCUGCUCCUGACGGGACUCUGCUCUACAGCGACGACCGGGACAGUGCGGACUUCCUGUCCAUCAGCCUCUGCGACCGAUACGUGGAGUUUAGAUUUGACUGUGGCUCUGGGGGAGCCGUCAUAAGGAGUCUGGAGCAGAUCAGUCUGGACUCGUGGCACGAGCUGCGUGUUUCCAGGACGGCAAAGAGCGGCAUCCUGCAGGUGGACAACCAGAGACCCGUGGAGGGCAUCGCCGAGGGGGCGUUCACUCAGAUCAGGUGCAGCUCUCCUCUGUUUGUGGGAGGAGUCCCGCGGUACGACAGAACCAAGACGGCGGCCGGAGCGCUCAAGCCUUUCACUGGGAUCAUCCAGACGCUGGUGCUCAACGACCGGCCCCUCCCCAUCACCUCGGGCCGGGCGGGCGGCGUGAACGUGGCCAACUCGGACCACCCGUGUGUCCAGAGUCCCUGCGCCAACGGGGGCACCUGCAGACCCAAGUGGGACAGCUACGAGUGUGACUGCCCCCUAGGGUACGACGGACGCCACUGCCAGAAAGAGUGUGGGAACUAUUGUCUGAACACUGUGACUGAAGCCAUAGAGAUUCCACAGUUUAUCGGACGGAGUUAUCUGACAUACGACAACAGCGAUAUCCUCAAACGAAUCUCUGGCUCUCGCACGGCUCUGUUCAUGAGAUUCAAAAGCACCGCCACAGACGGUCUGCUGCUGUGGAGAGGAGACAGUCCCAUGAGGCCCAACAGUGACUAUCUGAGUGUGGGGCUGCAGGACGGAGCGCUGCUGUUCAGUUAUAACUUGGGCAGUGGUCCUGUGAAUAUUGUCGUCAAUGGGACUUUCAGUGACGGGAAGUGGCACCGAGUCAAAGCAGUCAGAGAUGGACAGUCUGGAAAGCUGACAGUGGACGACUACGGCGCAAAGACAGGCCGGGCUCCUGGAAAAAUGAGACAGCUGAACAUUAACGGGCCCCUGUAUGUGGGUGGCAUGAAGGAGAUCGCUCUGCACACAAACCGACAGUACCUGGGGGGACUGGUGGGCUGCGUGUCCCACUUCACUCUGUCCACAGACUAUCACCUGGCCCUGGUGGAGGAUGCAGCGGACGGCAAGAACAUCAACACCUGCUCCACCUGA